CAUGACGCACUUGCUCGCGCAUGCGCACAAGCAACAUUUAGACACAUGAAGGGCAGCUAGCUAGGUAGUUCGUUUCGCUGCUAGCCGGUUAUCACCAUGUUUGUCGCGCGGAGCAUCGCAGCGGACCACAAAGAUCUGAUACAUGACGUGUCGUACGACUUCCACGGCCGGAGAAUGGCGACGUGCUCCAGCGACCAGAGUGUGAAGGUCUGGGAUAAAAGUGAGAACGGAGAGUGGCACUGCACGGCCAGCUGGAAGACACACAGCGGGUCGGUGUGGAGGGUGACCUGGGCCCAUCCAGAAUUCGGGCAGGUUCUGGCCUCCUGCUCCUUCGACAGGACAGCUGCUGUGUGGGAAGAGAUUGUCGGGGAGUCCAACGACAAGCAGAGAGGACUGAGCCACUGGAUCAAGAGAACCACGCUAGUGGACAGCAGAACCUCAGUGACGGAUGUGAAGUUCGCCCCGAAACACAUGGGCCUGAUGCUGACCACCUGCUCCACCGACGGGGUGGUGAGGAUCUACGAGGCGCCCGACGUCAUGAACCUGAGCCAGUGGUCCCUGCAGCACGAGAUUUCGUGCAAGCUCAGCUGCAGCUGCAUCACUUGGAAUCCCUCGAGCUCUCGUGCCCACCAGCCAAUGUUUGCAGUGGGCAGCGACGACAGCAACGUGACGUACAGCGGGAAGGUCCAGAUCUACGAGUAUAAUGAAAACACGCGGAAAUACGCGAAAGUGGAGACUCUGAUGACGGUCACCGACGCCGUCCACGACAUCGCCUUCGCCCCAAACCUGGGGAGAUCCUUCCACGUGCUCGCCAUCGCCACGAAAGACGUCCGAAUCUUUAAGAUCGUCCCCAUGAGGAAGGAGAGCGUCUCUACGGGGCCCACCAAGCUGGAGGUGCAGAUUGUGGCUCAGUUUGACAACCACAACUCCCAGGUGUGGCGUGUGAGCUGGAACAUCACCAGCACCCUGCUGGCGUCCUCUGGGGACGAUGGCUGCGUGCGCCUCUGGAAAGCAAACUACAUGGACAACUGGAAGUGCACGGGCAUCCUGAAGGGCGACGGCAGCCCGCUCACCGGCUCCUCCGGGCAGCCCGCGGCCAUGAGCACCGUGGUGGGCUCCUCGGUGCAGACGUCCCAGAGCGCCCCGAACGGCGCGCCCGCAGGAAGGUAGGUGGCGUGGUGCGUCCGUCCGGCCGCCACUCACCCAGCCCGAGCCGAACUGACUGCUUCUCGUGCCGCUCACACUGACCGGGGACGGCCGCCGCUCACUGACAACCCUCCUGUGCCCCCCCCCCCCCCCCACUGACCAAACGAUGCACUCAUGCAAAGAGCUUGGCUUCCGAGCCCGUGGAGUUGGAUGUGCUGUGGUGUUUUUAUUUUUUUUAAAUGUUCUUUUUAAAAUAAGUGAUUUCCUCUUCACUUGUACGGAUGCAUGCAAGAGUAUUUUUAUUUUCUCCACUUUGCGUUGUUAGAGUUAACCACACGUCCUUAAAAAUAAACCGCUUUUUAUAUAAAAAAAUUUGAUAUGUGACGAUUAUUUCAAAUUGUCGUGUCGGGCGAUGUCGUUUUGUAAAUAUUGAGACAACCUGAUCCCAUAUUUUUGAGAAGAGCAAUUCAAAUCAAAGUCCGGUAAUUCCUUUCAUCAUCCCGCUUUUUCAAUUUCGAUGCGUUCUUGAGCGAGUUUUGCCAAACUCUUUGCUGAGGGGACGGACGGCGUGAAUGGAGCUCAUUAACCGACCGCAGUAACACCAUGAGGGUCGAGGACCAACACGCGGCUAUGAAUACAGCCACUGACAUUAAAAGUGAGAAUAUGUAACGUGUGUGGUGAGAGAUGACGCCCGUUGCUCUUUUACAAAUGAAGUGUUUAAUUCAUAAGAAAAAUAAAAGUCUUCAUUCAGUGCACUCGGGUGAUUUAAGCUUUGAGUGACCCACUUCCUGUUGACUGUCUGCCUCGUCUGCUAUCGGUACAGGUACAUAUUUGUUUUACGAAUAAUUUCCUAUUUGAUGUUCGAUUUUGAAAACGAAGUUCAAAAGUGUGGAAACCGAGUGCGUACGUGGCUGUAUUUAUGUUCCACUUUAACAGCCUCUUAAUAAAACCUCCCGACGUGCUCUGUGUAACCCGAGUGAAACACGGACUACACUCUCAGCAAAAAAAAUGACUUGUGUAAAAGUUUUUCUUGCAUUCCAGUUGUGCGUCUGAAGUAACGUGGUGUUGUCCUGCUUGUUGCAUGCAGGAUUGCCAAGAGAGCUCCCUUUGCCCCUCCUCCCCUACGGCAGCUGACCUCUCCAAAGACAUACCGGCAUCCUGCGUAUUACUAAGUCUGCUCUGCACCGGCUGCUGGCCCUCGUGUCGAUAUGCAUUGAAGAGAUGUCGUGUCCUUUCUCUGAAUACUGGUUGAAGGCUCUGUUAUGGAAUUAAAACCCGCACGGUUCUGUUUUUUCCCCC